CAAAUUUUAGAUCUCGGAUUUCACGCUAAACUAGCUAACAUUAACAACUGCAAGAAAAAUGGGCGACAUCAGUCUGAACACUCGCUAUCUGAGCAGCAAUCGCGGUAUUAUCAAAAUUGUGCAAAUUGUCCUCGGUUUCAUCGUCUGUUCUCUCCUUUGCACUUCAUGGUAUGGCGGUCGAUCAUGCUUCGGUGAAGGUCGAAUUGGAUUUUGUUCCGGCCUGAACUUUGUCGUCUUGAUCAUCAACCUCGUCCUUUUCAUCGUCAAUUUUCUCAAUAUCACUGCUUGGAAGAUGGAACGAGUGUAUUCAGCAAUAUGCAUGAUUCUUUUUCUGGUUGCAUCAAUCCUUAUCAUCUGGUUUAUCAUCGAAGUGAAUACUAGCCGAACUUCCCUCAUUGUUACUACCAUCUGUCUCAUUGUCGAAUGUUUUUCGUUCCUGUGGGAUGUAAAAAUUCUUCAGGGCGAAGCUUCCAACUAAAUAAAGGAUUUAUGGCGUUUCAGUCCAACCUUAUGACCGAUAUGUUGGAUAUUCAUCAUUUCCCGCUUUGUCCUCUUCAGGAUCCUUUGAUUCAACUUAAUUUACAUCCCACUUUUAUCCAGUUAUUUGAUUAAAAAUUCCCAAAAGGAUUGUUCCCAAAAGGAUUGCUCCUUUUCCUUGAUAUUGUUUCAUUCGCUUUUAUUUCCCGCCAAAAUUUUAUUGCUAUAAUGAAAAUUAUUUCCGGUUUUUAAAACUCUAUUCAUGUGAUGUAAAUGAAUUAGUUGCUUCGCAUGACUAAUUUUGGGAUGUAAAUUCUCGAAAUUUUUCAGAUUAAUUUUCGUUCUCAUUUCUAUACCC